UAUUCGAAUAUUUCUAAUGAAUAUUUGGAGCUCCUUCAGAUCGUCAGUUCACACUGUGUCAGUGGAUUUCCAAAAGAGUCAUUGAAAAUGGCAAAGGAAGGUCAACGAAGGAUUUUGAUCGCUAUUGACGGUAGCGAAUCUGCAGAAUAUGCCUUUGACUGGUAUAUUCACAACAUGAAGCAGCCCAAUGAUUAUGUGUACGGCAUCACUGUGCCAGAGUACAGCUUUGCUGGGAUAACGGUGGGUCCGAUGGCUGACCCCCAGGCCCUCCAGGAUGAGUUCAUGAGCCAGCACAAGGUCGUUGAGAAGCUGUGUGCCGACUAUACUGCCAAGCUGAGAUCUGCAGGGGUGAAAGGUCAGGUGGACGAGUACUCUGGCAACAAGCCAGGGGAGACAAUUGUGGAGCAAGCAGAGAAGCUGAAUGCUGACCACGUCAUCAUGGGAACCAGGGGCUUGACUGGCAUGAAGAAGUUCUUCCUGGGCAGCGUGAGCAACUAUGUAGUGCAGAACUGCGGCGUGCCCGUCUCAGUCAUUCCAAAGAAGGAGCAGAAAUGAUUUGCAGGGACUAGAGUGUGAAACGUUGCACAGGCCGGUACUGGAGAGUGAAAUGUCACCAUAGGCCGGUACUGGAGGGUGAAAUGUCACCCUCUCUUGCCUAGAUCACUGCUUUUAUAUGAGCUUCACUCUUCGAAAACUGGACUUAAUUUAUGUGCAUAAAGUGUUGUCCCAGAUUAGCCUGUGCAAUUCGCUAAAGUUACUCAGAAAGUAUACUUUCCACUGGAAUGGAAUUUAUCUUUUAAAGGAAGUCUCUUCUUAACGAAAAUCCAGAUAAGGCAGAAAGUGUCGUCCCUGAUUAGCCUUUGCGGACUGCGCUUACUAAUCUGGGAUGACACUUUAGCCACAUGAAUUCAGCCCACUUUUCCAAGAAUUUGAUAGUUUUAUUGCAUAUCAUGUGUCAGACUGACAUUCAUUAUCAAGAUUUUAGUUGGAUAAUUGUUGUGAAAGAUUUGUAUGUUUUAAUAUGGUCAUUCAGUACCAGAAAUGUCGGGUCGAUGUUUGUUAUAUAAAUUUUUACCGUUUGGUGUGGUCUAAAUGUUUCCAUAUCUUACCGCGGCUGUAGACUAUUUUUAAAUUUUGCUUAUUGUUUUAAGUUCUAUUUUUCAUGAUGCUUUUUAGGGACUUUUGUGAAAAAUCUAUUAAUUUCCUUUCUUUCUUGCAGAUUGUAUUAUUUGUCUUAAAAUAGUAAUACUGACUUGUCUUGAAGAAAUAAACCAAGAUUUUAUAAAACCUUGAGGGAGUUUAUGCUGACCUUAUUGUACUAAUAACGCCUACCAAUGUGCAGCAACACUAUUCUCAUUUGUUAGUUAUUUCAUAUUUAAUCUGAAUCACUUAAUCAUAAGCGUUUUUCAGUUGUUUAAAUUUUUAGAAUUAAUGUAGAACAUAUGGAGGGAACAAUUUCAUUUAUUUUGUGCAUAAUCCAAUAACUUGAUAGAAAUAAUUAUUAUACUCGCAAACAUUCUGUUAUAUUACAUGUCUAGGUUAGUGAAGACACGAUAUUUAGUCUUGUUAGUGAAAGUUUGUAUUGUUCUUUCUGUUUGACUGUUAUCUAGAUGCAAUAUUUAGUCAUGUUAGUGAAUAAUCAUAUUGUUGUUUUUGUUUGAUGACACUCUGGUAACUAUAUCUCAGUUGAAAAUAAAUUAUAUCAGGUGAAAAUUUUCAGUGAAAUUAGUCUUGGAAACAUCAUCAUUUUGUCAGUGUCUUUUAUAUUGCUGUGCAAGUAUUUUAUAUUUGUGAAAGAGCUUUCAUGUGCGUGUGAACCAAAUUAUGAAACAUCAAGCUAUUUUCUAAUUUAUUUACUUAUGCAAAAUAAUUUAAAUAACCAGGAUUUUUAAAUCACACCAGUAUAGAUAUAUUAUUUUUAUUCCAUCCAUUUAUGUCUUAUUGAAUCUCACUAUUUGAGUCAAGAUUUGAUGCAAUAUCCAUAUUUUUGUGCGAACUGUGUGUUAACUGUUUUUUGUGUACACACUUUUCCAUAUUUAUUGAAUGAACCGAUAAUUCUACCAGCAUGGAAAUUGUUAUGUUUAGUUUCUAUCUUCUACGCAUAUUGAAAGUUACUUAAAAAAUCUAUGUUUCCGCAUUUGAUGUGUUAGGCAAUUAAAUGAUAUUGUGUUAGGCAAUUAAAUGAUAUUUUGUUAGGCAAUUAAAUAAUAUUGUCAAUUUUGAUAAACAGAUUGAAGUGUGAACAGCUUUAAGUGUGAACAGCUUUAUGGUGUAUUCAAUGUGCUUCAUAUGCCUUCAUAACUUGUAACAUUCUUCAAAUGACCUCCUAAAACCAUUCCAAUGACAUUCUAUUAUUUUUCUAUAUUUUUUUUAUUAAUUCUGUGUUGUAUGAAGGUAGAUGUUUGCUGUUUCAUGUUUUUGACAUUUAAAAUUUAAAUGCAGUAGAAAUUUUCUUUCCAUUUUAAUGUUUGUUAAUAUGGAUAGUAUUUUACAAUUAACUCUAAAAAACAUAAUAAGAGAGUUUCUUUCUUGUUUCCGCCCCCCCCCCCCCCCCCACUGGAACUCUAUUGAUUUAAAUAACUCUCAAAUGAUGCACAAUUUACAUAUGGUUCAAUGGUUUGGAAGCUGAAUUACGUGUUUGUGAUGUGUUAUUGUUAUGUAAUAUAUGCUCAUAUUAAUCAGUUUAUGUUAAAUAUAUUUGUUAUAAGAUAACUAUUUUAUAACUUGUAAUACUAAUUAUCAAAACAUAAAAUAUAUUCCAAACACAGUAAACAAAUAAAAGAGCAAGUUAAAUGUUUUCAAUAAAAUAUUCAUCGUAAAGAAAAAACACAACAUGUUUCAUCAUAAUUUUAACUGUGUAUUGUGUUAUAAGCAUGCCCUGUAGUGAAAAAUAAACAAAGAAAACAAAA